AAGACAGUCAGUGAUCUGCUAACAGCCGUUUAACAGCGCGCACACGCACGCUCCCUGGCGACAAGGCGACAAGAGGAAACGACGUUAGUCACUUGUUGAAGUUCUCACAUUCUCAAAGGGAAUAUUAGUCUGGGAAGAGGCGUGGAGACGAUCAUAGCAUUACGCGCAACUUUUACGCACAGGCAAGGAGCGGCUGGACAUUGCCUGUGCAUCUUACCUGCUGGACGCUCACUAGUGUGCCCACUGGCCAGAUGUAAUUACACUACCGCAUACUAAGUGUCCCCACGCUGCAUGAGGACAUGGAUGAAACUGUGAUCUUGUUCUGCUGCUAAAGGGAGAAACCACCCCAAUUCGCAACACGGAGACUGGAUAAGUUGCGCGGCAAAAGCGGACAAUCCUCGUGGUUUACCAAAAUGAGUAUUUGUCACCAACAAAUCUGCAAGAUUGCACAAUUACUUAUAGCAACUGUCACGGCGGUUUGCGCACAAGACACAAGCAGUAAAGAACUGGUGGACAGUAAGAACCCAGUGCCUUUACCCAUCUCUCUACCAAUAAACUACGAGAUUCGAGAUGCUGAGUACCUCUUCUUGAAAGAGGCAGGUCAAGACUUCAUGAGAAACUCCAGCACACAGAGUCACACUCAACCAUUUGUCAUCAUUAGAGCAAACCGCCAACCUGCUAUAAAUGCUAGCUAUGGGGCCAUCUCCACUGAACAACUUAUUUCUCAAGACCUGCUCCAAAAUAUCCGCCUUUUCAACGCUCCCGAAGACUUCACCUUCAACUGGAAAAUUCAAGCGUUUAUUCUGACGCCCAGAGUUUUUUCCUCCAAGCCUAAAGUUCGUGUGCUCUUCUAUGUGGCUGGUAGAGACUGGGGCAGGGGUGAAGAUAGUGCAGAUGAGUUACCAUGUGUGACUGUUUUCGCUUUCUGGCAAACACAGGAGGUUAGAGGAUCAUGCGCACUUGGGGGAGAUAAGGGCACUUGCAUGGCUGAGCUGUCCCCUGCCUUCAGCUGGUUUGCCCCAGGAGUAGAGGGCACAAGCAGGGAAAGACAGGACCCAACUACUGGCAACCCUGUGGAGCUAUACUAUCAGGCCCAGCCCAAAGUCGAUGGAGAAUGUAAUGCAAUGAAGGAAAGUCGCUGGGGUGAUCCUCCAGUGCAGCCUGAGUAUACCCCUGUCACACCCAUGGAGAGGAUUGGGAGUGUUCGCCUCCUACAGGUCCCUAAAGGAAUGGCAACAUUAUCCAGACUCAAGCUGGGGAAUGCCAUUGUGAUUAGGACCUCCUCCAAACCACUGAAGAAGACUGAUAUAGCCACAUUCUACAUCCUCAUGGCCAGCUCUGCACAACUGACCAACUUUACUCUGAGAGCCACGGUGAAGAAAGGCGUGACUUUUCGGACAGCUACUCCCAGUAACUCUGUACUGUGGGACAUUACUCUGGACAUGGGACCAGAUGGAACCAUUGCAGUUGUUUGCCAGCGGAAAGCACCCAUUCCUGGAAAAAGACUUGAAAGCAGCCUGCUGGAGGUGCUUCAGAUGGACUUUGAGGUAGAGGAGCUGAGCAGUCCCCUUGACAGUCAGGUGAUUGUGUGGAAACUCGAGCUGCCGACCGAAUCCAAAAACAGUGCCAAGACCGAAGGGGCCAUGCGCAUCUACACCACACAGAGAGACUUCGUAGGCCUAGCCCCUCUUGUAAUGGAUUCAGAGAUUCUGAACACGGCGGUCCUGACUGGUAAAAAGGUGGUGAUGCCUGUGAGGACAGUGGCUGUGGAGGAGGACGGUUUAGUGACAGACGUGUCAGACUACACAGACUGUAGCACCAAUGAUGAGGACGUGCUGAAGGUGUCAGAUCGGUGUGAUUACGUCUUUGUGAAUGGAAAGGAGACCAAAGGUAAAGUGAAGAUGCUGGUGAACUUCACUUACAGCUACCUCAGUGCUCAGCUGGAGUUAAAAGUUUGGAUGCCCCGCCUCCCACUGCAGGUUGAGGUGUCUGAUGCAGAACUGAGUCAGAUAAAGAGCUGGAGAGUUCCAAUAUUAACUUCUAAAAGAUCUAACUGGAACAGUGAGGAAGAGGACAGGAGGGGAAAGGGAUGUAUGCUACAGUUUCAGCACGCUAUUGUCCGAGUGCUAACUCAUUUCAUGGCAGAGCAGGAGGACCCCCGGGAGCCUAAGGCCUACUUCCUUGGCUCAGACUGGCAGGUGGACGUGACACAGCUCGUCAGAUACUUCAUGAAGGUGGAGGACACAAGAGUGGCCCGAUUACAGGCAGGGCGGGUGCUGUCAGGGCGAGAUCUGGGAACAACUGCAAUUCAAGUUUUUUCUCCACUUUCUGAUACAGUUUUGGCAAAGACAACUAUCAGGGUGGUGGAUGAUAAAGUCACAAUCACAGAGUUGGGAGUUCAGCUGGUUACUGGUCUCUCCAUGAACUUACAGUUAAGCCCUGGCAGCAACAGAGCGAUUUUAGCUACCACCACCACACAAGAAAAUCUGCAGAGCCCCAAACAGAAAGCGUUGGUCAGUGCUUGGGUACAGUUCAGUGAUGGCAACCAGACACCUCUAGACAUUUAUGACUCAGCCUUCUACAGGAUGACAGUGACUUCGUUGGAUGAAGGGGUCGUGUCUGUACCAGGGAGAGCCCCACAGGUGGUUGCCGAAGGAGAGGGGGAGGGAGUCCUGGUUCGAGUGGAGAUGUCAAUCUGUGAGGCCUGUCAGAAAUCCAAACGCAAAAGUACUGUGGCUGUGGGCAACGGCAGCCUUAAGGUCAAGUUUGCAGUCAACAGUCGACGUCCAGAUAACUCCAGCACAGACAGCAGAGGAAGCAUCAGAAAUGACUAUGGAAGUGAUGAUGUGGAAACAGAUACAAGUGGAAGGUGGAAAUCUUCCAACCCAACAUCACGCUCAGAUCGUACAGCACAGAAAACAACUUUUGUCAAGUCGACAGAGCGCACUUACAUCACAAGUGGGACUCUUGGGGGAGUGGGCAAGACCAGCAACACUCGAACUUUUGGUAGUCCAACUAGUAUAGUGAAUAUGAGUAUGAUGAACAGUCCCAAUGAUUCAGGCAACAUGAUCGUGGAGGAUAUGGGCAGUGUAAGCUUAACCAGCACCGUGAAACCUCCAGGUAACCUGGUAAACUACAAUAAUUUCCCUAAAGUCGGGGUACCUGGGCAAGACCGGGUGGAGGUGGAAAUUGGUGGAGAAGAGUUACUGGUCAAUCGGCCUCUCACUGACUUGGAGAUUGGUAUGUAUGCUUUGCUGGGUGUUUUUUGUUUGGCCAUUUUAGUGUUUUUGGUCAACUGCAUCUCUUAUGUAGUUAAAUUUCGACACAAGAAGCCUUCCUCUCACAACCUGGAGCCCACAGGCCAUAGGCAUGACUGGGUGUGGUUAGGUACUGAUGCAGAGCUGGUGAUGAGUGUCCCUGGCAGCCCUGUGCAGCAGGACCCUCAGACAACCACAGUAAUAGACAUAGUGCCGGAGAAGACCAGCACUAUGUCUAGAAGGCCCAGCUGCUUGGCCUCAGUCACUGACUCUCCUACUGGCUGUGCAGGCUCAGUCAGGGCCAAACCUAUGCAACCUGAGUCCCUCCACUCUCCGACCAGUAAGAGGAAGAGAGUCCAGUUCACCACCUUCUCCACACUCGAGCGCCAGCACUCACAUGUCCCAGCCCAGAUGAAUGGAGAGGGGAUCCAGUGGGUUGGAAAGGAGGACAGCUGUGAGGAGGAGCCCCAAGUGCCUAGCACAGAGCUAGGGGACCAUUUAUAAUACAGGACCUGAUCAUGUACAUUUACAGGCUUUGAUCACCUCAAUGCCUUUGUUGGAUCCAAAAACUUUUAAUGAUAUGUCUUAUGGAAUGAUGCUCCACAUUUCAUAUCUAGAUAUUUUACAUACACUGUACAUUGAUGUUAAUAAUGGGUGUGUGGAAAGUAUGAUGUUCAAACAAUCCCACCAAAUAGAAGUACUGCAUGCAUAUAUACAAUCCACAUUUAACUAAAUGAAACGUAUUCAAAAUU